CCAGGUGCAUUGAAAGGUUGGUCAUGAAGAAACACAGCAAGAGCCUUAUUUAAAAACUGGAUUUUCCUGAUAAAGUUUGCCAAAAUUGUGGAAUUUGCAUUGGAAAACGUAUAUUUGAAUUUUACCUUUUCCAAAGUCACUGGUAACAACACCAUCAAAAUACAUGGAGAAUAAAACAGUGCUCAAAUGGAUCAAUGUUAAUAAGCAAUGAUAAUCUAAUACAAGAAACGAGAACAGAAAACAUCAGAUUAAUCCAUAAAUUAACCACAAGAAAUAUUGUUCCUGAGCUAGCUAGCUGCACCACUUUUAGUGAUCCAAACAAGUCCCAUGGCCUUAACUGUGUCGCACCUGGACAAAAUGCAAGGUAAAACAGAGAGCAACAUACAGACAAUGGCUGAUGACGUCACUGUUAUCACCCCAGAUCAACUACACAUUGAAAAAGUCAUGGCCCUUGCAGCUUGUCCAUCUGCAGGUGCCAUAUCUCUUUUUGUAGGAACCACAAGAGAUAAUUUUGAUGGAAAGACAGUUGUGCGACUGGAAUAUGAAGCAUAUAUACCAAUGGCUAGCUCAGAACUGAGAAAAAUUUGUAAACAAAUUCGAGAAAAGUGGGAUAUUCACAAAACUGUUAUCUACCAUAGAGUUGGUGUGGUUCCUGUCGGAGAGGCCAGUGUUAUAAUUGCCAUUUCGUCCGCUCACAGAAAGGAGUCAUUAGAAGCUGUACAGUUUUGCAUAGAUACCCUAAAGGCGACGGUCCCCAUAUGGAAAAAGGAAGUCUAUGAAGAAGGCGAAGCGAAGUGGAAAGAAAACAAGGAAUGCAGCUGGAGAGAAGUUAAAAGUUCAACUGUCUGACUAUGCAACCGAUCCAAAAAUAUACAACGAAUGUACUAAACCACAUUUUUUAGUUUUGGAGUUUGAAUUGUUCGAAAAGAUUUUUCGUUUUGUUAAUAAUUAAUAAAAAAUGGAUGCAAGAACUGG